AUGGUUGAGGGGAGAAUCCCAGAAGGCAAAAACCAGAUUAGCAGAGCCCAGGAACUGGCCCGGCAGGAAGAGAAGGUGGUCCUGGCGGAGGGUGGCCAGCAGAGGGCACAGGAGCAGUUGGGGGAGCGCGUGGCAGAGGUGGUGCGUCUGGAGCAGGGGGAGCGGAGACUGCAGUCUGAGCUGCGCGUGCUCCGGGAGCGAGUUGCCAGUGCAGACCAGGAGAUUGAAGGAUCCAGGAGUCUGAUUGAGAAGCUCAAGGCCGAGGUCACUCAGAGCAAGCAGAGCCACCAGAGCACACUGCAGGAGGGGCUGAGGCACCAGCAGGGGGCGCAGCGGCUUGAGAUGGAGCUUGGCAGCAGCAAGGAGCAGAUCAGGACCUUGCAGAUCCAGCUGCAGGAGCAGGCAGAGAUGAGCCAUCGUCUUCGGGCAGAGUUGAGCCAGGAGCAGGCUCAGCAACAGGACCAGCAGAAGCGCCUGGAGAGCGGGCGAGAGCGAGUGAAUGGGCUGGAGAGAGAAAACGAGGAGCUCCGAGCCAGGCUGCACUCCACAGAACAGCUGCUAAAGGAUAAGGAAAAGCAGAUAUCCAGUCUACAGAACAGUGUUUCUGAGCUCCACAGCGCCUCCCAGCACCUGCGAGAGGAACAUGCUGCUUUCCAGUCACAGCUACACCAUUCCAAAAGAGACAUGGAGGAGGCACAGAGUCAAAGCAAGACGUACUGUGAAGAGGUUAGCAGGUUUGAGGAGACGGUGUCAAGGCUGCGGGCAGAGCUGGAGACAGCCCAGGAGAGGGCGAGGCACGGGGCUCGAGAGCUGGCCUCGGCAGAACAGGGAGUCAGAGAGCUGAGGUUGGAGCUGACCUCUGCGCAGGGGGCUCACAAGGAGAGCAUGGAGCAGCUGAGCGAGCGGAGUCGGGAGGCGGCGAGCCUGCGCAACGAGCUUGUCCGUUCUCAGCAGCGCAAUGCUCAGCUCGGGCAGGAGAACGCUGCAUACGAGGAGCGAAUGAGGCGUCUCAACGGGGAACUGAAGAGACUGCAAAGCCUGAGCCAACACACACACGAUGAGGCCAGAGCGUACGAGAGCAGGCUGUCUGAGCUCAGUGCCCAGCUAGCACUUACACAGAGGAGGGGGCAGGAGCAGCUGGCAGCGCUGGAGUCGAGAGAUGAGGAGACAGUGAUUCUCAAAGUGGAGCUGGCGUCCCUCAGGGAGAAAUACCAUACCUCAGUCCAAGAGCGAGAUGUCUUACACUCAGAGCUGAACAUGUUAAAGCAAAAGUACAUGGCUACCUCCAAUGAGGUGGAGGUGCUACGGUGUUCUCUGGGUGCAGCACGCUCGGACAGCUCUCGUCUUCAUCAGGAGAGCGAGCUGGUCGUGUCUAAUGUCAACCAGUGGGUAAAGGAGCAGAAGCAAGCUAAUGAGAAACUGGGGACAAAGAUAAAGGAGCAAAGCAAACAGAUAGUCCACCUGACAGCUGAAAAGGACCACCUAACGGAGAUGAUUGACAACCUGCAGAGAGAGAACAAGAAGCUCAAGACAGAGCUGGAUGAGCGGAGGAUCGAGAUCGAGAGGGUUCGAGCUCUCCACGCAAGCCAAUCAGAGCACCUUGCUGUCAUGACUCGACUACGAAGCCAGCUGCAUGACCCGGAGUAAGUACACAC